AAAGUAAAAAAGGGGUUUGGAAGUUUGGAUUGGAUUAGAGUAAUGUAUAAUCCACAAGUGAGUCCAUAUCUGGGGGCUGCUCUGCUAAUCAUUUUCUGUCUUUCUCUCUCUUCUUUUCUUUCAGAAUCAGAAAUAAAAACCCCAAUUUGAAAUUCAACUCCUUUUAUUCUUCUAGAUCACCAUACUUCUUGUCUUGCUUCAAUCAUACCCAGAUCUUGUCAGUUACUUCUCCACCAGUUGAACUGACCCCUUCAUUUUGGUGGUUCUAAUUCGACUCCUAUAGAGUUCUCUGUAGGAGGGCUUGUGUUCUAGCUCAUCAGUGCAAGGGGAAGCUAUUUGAAUUUUGUACAGAUGAGAGUUUUUGGAAUUGGGGUUUUCUUAUUUGAUUGAAUUGUUUAAGGUUUUUGAUUCGAUUUUGGCUGAUGAUUUUAGAUUCUGUGCCUUGGAGAAGGUUCUGUUUGGGUAUCCCUUAGGUUGAAGUGGAAUAAUAUUCUUAUCUUUACAUUAUCUGCAAAGAUAUGAUAAAGCAAAUAUUGGGCAGGCUUCCUAAGAAGCCAUCUAAGUCGGCUGAUGCCCGCGAUCCUCUCUCUUCGGGUGUUUUAGCUGGUGCUAGGACUGGUGAUGCAGCUGGCCAUAGAUCAGGAAAUGGAAAGGAUGUGUCUCACCAAGGUUUCCAUCCGUCUUCAAAUUCGGGUGUGGGUAAUGGGAAUAAAACCGCGCAGGCAGAGGAUUUAAACGCUAAUGAAAGCUACACUGCCAAUCAGUUUGAGGCAUUGCCUAGUUUUAGGGAUGUUCCGAGCUCUGAGAAGCAGAAUUUGUUUAUAAGAAAGGUUCACUUGUGUUGUCAUAUUUUUGAUUUCACUGACCCCACAAAGAACCUGAAAGAAAAGGAGAUUAAGAGACAUACAUUGCUGGAGCUUGUGGAAUAUGUAAGCUCUGCCAAUGGUAAGUUUACAGAAAAUGCAAUGCAAGAGCUCAUUAAGAUGGUGUCUGCAAAUUUAUUUAGGUCACCCGCUGCUCAGCCUCGUGAGAAUAAGGCUUUAGAGGCUUAUGAUUUGGAAGAGGAGGAGCCUUCAAUGGAUCCUGCAUGGCCUCAUUUGCAGAUUGUUUACGAGCUCUUCUUAAGGUUUAUAGCAUCACCUGAGACAGACACGAAGCUGGCCAAGAGGUAUAUUGAUCAUGGUUUUAUUCUCAAGUUGUUAGAUAAUUUCGAUUCUGAAGACCCAAGAGAGAGGGAGUAUUUGAAAACAAUUCUUCAUCGCAUCUAUGGCAAGUUUAUGGUGCAUCGCCCAUUCAUUAGGAAAUCAAUAAACAACAUUUUUUAUCGUUUUAUCUUUGAAACUGAGAAGUUUAAUGGGAUUGCGGAGCUUUUGGAAGUUUUGGGCAGCAUCAUUAAUGGGUUUGCUUUACCUUUAAAGGAGGAGCACAAGUUGUUCCUUGUCCGCGUCCUCAUUCCCCUCCACAAACCAAAAUGCUUGUCAACAUACCACCAACAGUUAUCUUAUUGCAUCACUCAGUUUGUGGAGAAAGACAGUAAGCUUGCAGGUGCUGUAAUUAGGGGUUUAUUAAAGUACUGGCCAAUUACUAACAGUACAAAGGAAGUUAUGUUCCUCAGUGAGCUGGAGGAGGUUUUGGAGGCAACCCAAUUGCCUGAAUUCCAGCGUUGCAUGGUGCCGUUAUUUCGGCGCAUUGCUCGUUGCUUGAGCAGCUCCCACUUUCAGGUGGCAGAGCGGGCUUUGUAUCUAUGGAGUAAUGAUCAUGUAGAAAACCUGAUUAAGCAAAAUCGUAAAACUAUUCUUCCCAUUAUCUUUCCUGCUCUGGAGAAAAAUUGUCGAACCCACUGGAACCAGGCUGUCCAGAGCUUGACCCAGAAUGUGCGGAAGAUUUUCUCUGACGUAGAUCCAGAGCUUUUCGAGGAGUGUAUGCGAAAGUUUGAGGAGGAUGAAGCUAAAGAGAGAGAGCGAAAAGAAAAACAAGAAGCCAUAUGGAGGCGCUUAGAAGAGAUAAUUUUAACCCAAUCCAAAACUACUGAAAUGCCCAUAGCUCCUCAAAAUACAGCUGCUCAAACAGUCGCAAGCUAGCAUUUAGGACAUGCUGGCUUGUAGUUCAAUCAUUGAUGAUUUGGAGGUUUUGGUUUAUAUGGUAAUUCCCUGUUGAAAAAUGCUGAUCAAUGCCAGUCCCCUCCUUUUAAUUUCUGGUGUGAGGAUUCUGGGGACAGAUCACCCCAUAUGCUGUGCUGAAAGAUGCAAUAUGAGUUAGCAGCUGUCUGGACCAAAAGUGUUGAGGAGACAAAUCAAGCUACAGAUUUUCUGACGGUGAUUUACUGGUUGUUACCAUGUUAUACACAGAGGAGCUAUAGAUUCCAGGUACUUUUCUUUGUUUGGGGGUUGUAAUAUCUUUUAUUAUUUUGUGCUAGUUGAGGGUUUCUUCACCUACCUAGCUAGUAUGCAGUAUACAUAUGUGUAUCUUCUUGACUAUUCUUAGAAUGUCAUUUGGUUUGAUUUUCAUCUAUAUAUGUAAGUUUUAGAACUUGCAAAUUAUUUUUGUUGGUUGUAGAACUUUAUUUUGACUUUCAUAGAAUAUUUUGUUCACUUUAACCUUUGACUCA